AUGCUCCAUUGUUCAAAGUGUGAUCCCCGCACCCCUCCUCCCCCCUCUCCCCCCUCUCCCCCCUCUCCCCCCUCUCCCCCCUCUCCCUCCUCUCCCUCCUCUCCUCCCCCCUCUCCCCCCUCUCCCUCCUCUCCUCUCCCUCCCCUCCUCCUGGUGGUUGGAGAGCAGAGCUGGUGUGUGGUGCCCCUGAUUGCCUGGACAGAGGUGGGAAUUGAACCCUCGCUCCCCACGGACAGAGGCUGCUGUCAUUAG